UGUUGAAUGCUAAGUAUGUCUUGUCCCCUCUUUGUAUUCUGUCGGCAGGUGUAUGUGUCUCUGAUCCCCAUCAUUGGAGGGGUGCUGCUGGCCACAGUCACAGAACUGUCCUUCGACGUGUCCGGCCUGAUCAGUGCCCUGGCCGCUACGCUCUGCUUCUCUCUGCAGAACAUCUUCUCCAAAAAGGUGCUGCGUGACACUCGGAUCCACCACCUGCGCCUGCUCAACGUGCUGGGCUUUAAUGCAGUCAUCUUCAUGCUCCCCACCUGGAUCCUGGUCGACCUGGCAUCCUUCCUUGUCGAUGCAGACCUUUCGGACAUGUCGGGCUGGACCAGCACCUUCCUGCUGCUCCUGGUCAGUGGCUUCUGUAACUUUGCCCAGAAUGUGAUCGCCUUCAGUGUGCUGAACCUGGUCAGCCCGCUGAGCUACGCCGUGGCUAACGCUACCAAGAGGAUCAUGGUCAUCAGCAUCUCCCUGCUCAUGCUGAGGAACCCCGUCACCCUCACCAACGUCCUGGGCAUGAUGACUGCCAUCGUGGGGGUCUUCCUCUACAACAAGGUCAGUCACGGACAAGCCAAAUAUGACGCCAACAAGGAGAAGAAGCUGCUGCCCACCUCCAAGUCGGACCUGAUGUUUUACGACAACCCAGCACUGUCUCACUCCCAGUCCAACGGCUCGGGCCCCCUGUCAUCGCCCCUGUCACCCCCCCUGCAGCACAGUCAGUGGAGCGGCCUGCCCGACCACUUCCAGUACAGUCGGCAGACCUACACGACAAACUACGGCAGCGGGACCCCCCAGUACGUGGUCUGAGGGGCAUAGGCCUAAUGGGGAAACAGGAACCUCCAAAGCUCUGGUCUGAGGAGCACAGACUGAAGGCAAGUGCAGCCCAGAGACUCUUCACCAGGCCAACACUGUACCACCUAUUUAUUAGCUGCAGAGUUCCCACGCUCUCUGGAAAUCAUCAUAGUUUUCUGCUACUUGAAAAUAAAAAAAUGAAAUUAUAAUAAUUAUUAAAAGGAAUCUAAAUAUGCUGUUACAAUUGUUGAGAAUUUUGUGGCAUUACCAUCGUCAGGAAUCUGUAUUAUUGACACAAUUUCAGAUCAAAUGUGUCAAUUGUUGGAGGAAGCGUGGCUCUUCUCCGCGCUCCUUCUGUGUGGCUGAGCUCUAAGGGAGCGCCCAGCCACUCUGUGGAGGAAACUUAUCUGACCGCUGGUAUCCACCAUCCUGUCCUGAGGUGACUUAGACUUCUGUUCUGGAGGCCUCCUAUAAAAUAAAGCUGAAGACAAUAGAUGGAUGUUUUUUGGUUAUUUGCUGCUUGACAUUAAAAUUAAUUGACUUAAAGUUCAUACCUAUUCACUUGAUUCACGUACCAGUGUGAAUAAACUGUAAAAUGAGCCAAUCCCAGCAUCAUUGUUGACAACAAGUGCUGUUUUUGAUUCAAACCUAAACUGAAAUCAUGUCUCAUUGAAUAUUGCCUGUUGUGAAGUUGAACCAAAAAGCCAAACCUAAAUGUAAAUAUCAAAAUAGUUGUGAGUAUAGGUCUGUCCUUUUCUCCAAAGGCGUGGGAACCCUGUCUCUGUAUCGCCUGCGUGAUGAAUCCAAACACGUUUUGUAUGGGAAGAUAUUUUUAUGUUGUUCAUUUGAAUGUAGAAAAUAUAAUUUUUUAAUAACUCUCUGGGAGUUUUCAGCUGACAUGAUGGCCGUGUGAAUUUGACACCUCUUAUUCAACUCCUCUGCAGGAAGUCCCCCUUAAAAACAUCCUAGUCUGAGGUGAGAAAGGUGCACUAUGUAACUUUUUUGGAGUAGCUUGUGCCAGUUGCUUGUCUCCAUGAAGAUGACAUUCCUUUGCCUAGAAUGUUUCGUAGUAUGGCAUUAUUUUUAAUUUAUACAAUCCAGAUGAUUUUAUAGCUUAAAAAACAUUGCAAAACAACAGGGGAAAGUCAAGUUUAAUGUGGAACUGUGGAACAUCCAAACAAAUCAGUAACAUCUGGAUAUGUUACCUCUUUAAAUGACGACUUAAAAUUCACUUUGUGGGGGAAAUGGGAAAAUUAAAGCAAAUGAAUAAAAAAGUAACAAGGCCAGUUAUUAAUUAAAACCAAACCAUUGGAGCUGCCCUCUUGUGGUCAGUGUGUGUGUGGUUGUGGAGAGGAGCUUAGAAUCGUGAGGUAAUAGUAGACAUUUGGAGCCUUUAGUACUAGUACCUCCUCAGUUCAGCUCCUCUGGGCUCGGCUCUCCCAACUUUGACGCCUGGGAGCUGGCCUUUUUUAGAGCAGGUCUAUCUAUGUUUCCAUGGUACCAGGUGAGCUGAGCAGAACUAAAAUGUGCCAAAUCAGCUGCUGUCAGGAGGGAUGAAACCAGCUCCAGGUGAGCGCAGACAAGUGCUGUGUCCAAGCGGGCUGAGCCGUGCAGAGAAGGUUCUAGGUUAAAUGUCCCUGUAGCAGUAGGACGGCAGUGGUGUGCUGCUCCUGUGUGUAGUCUGCACAGCCUUCUGAACAUACAUGUGCUGUCUGUGUUGUAAAUAUCUACAAAAACUGUAGGACUAUUUUGUUACCUCCAUACAGAAGCCUCCUUAGGACAAACUUCAGUGAUAGGAGCUCAAAGCUUCUUAUCUUGAACACAGUGAGACGUUCUGUUAUCAAGAACAGUCUAUGACCAAUUAGUUUCAUAUGUCUGUGUACAUUAAAAUUGUAAUAUAUUUUAUGCAAAUCUCUCCCCGGCUCUGUUUCGGGGUUAGUGUUUAUAGUAUCACUGGAAAUGUAAGAUCCUGUUGGCUCAAAUGAAAUUAGUUUGAAUUCAAAUGAAAUAAUUGAUUUAAAUGUAUUUUUAAAUGAAUUAUUUAUUGUGUGUGAGAGCACCAAAGGCAGAGUUUGCACAUGUUUAAGUGUUCUGCAUAUCCAACAGUCUUCUGCUCUGGGCCUUCCUCUGUAGAGUCCAGUUUUCUUUUUUCUUUCUUUCUUUUUUUUUUUUUUUUUUUAAAAAGAGUUUUUCAGGAUUCAGUGGUUUAAAGUGCUGGUUGGUGAAAUUACUCAUUUCACUAAAACACUCAACAUUAUUUAAAGUGGGGAUAUUAUGCAAAAUGUAUUUUGUUUGUUUGUUUUGUACCAUGUUAUAACGUUCUCUUGUCAAAAACAUGCCUGAUGAGGUUUUAGAGUCAUUCAUACAUGUCAGAUUAAUCUAGUAAUCUUUCCUGGGCUCAACUCAAACCCUCCUUAUGAUUAGCUGUAAGAUUCUGUACAAGGCUCCGCCCACAAGCCUAUGUCAGCCAUGCUCCCACAUGACAGUUCUCCAUAAAUACACAAAAACAUGAUGCAAACUACCACUACUACUACACUCGACAAACCUGAUGUGAUGGUACUUUCAUUAGCAGGACACAUGCUGACUGUGCUGUGAUAGCGCUCUGAAGGGGCGUGACUUAGCGUGGGGAGCAAAGGGAGGGGAGGGUCAAAGUGCUGUAAAUGAAAGUGAAACUUUAUAAAAUAUGUUAAUAUGUUUUCAGCAAAUGUGGGAUUUUCAAAACAAUAAAAGGUCACUUAGAGUUAAUACCCCAGAGAAGUGUAAUACCCCCUCUUUAAAGUUAAGCUUAAGGUACAAUUUAUUGUCCCCAAAGAGACAUCUGGAAUAGAACCAACCAGCUCAUUAAAUGGGACUGUGUCUGAUACUGAAGAUAGAUUUUAUUUUUAAUCAGUUCCUUUGUAUUUGGUUUAAAGACGACAGUAGACAUUGACAUGUUUGACUUUCUGCUCCGAGGUGUGGAUCUGCUGUGGCGUGUCGGACCUUUACAGAGGAGCAUUUUAUUUGUAUGUUUAAAAGAGGUGCUUUGAGCAGACUGCUUCUAGAUUUUUUUAUUUUAAGUUUACUGUAAUGGAACACCGGUUUAGUAAAUGCUAUUUUCAAAUGUGGGGAGAAAUAAAUGCAUUGUGGGUACUACUGA